AUGGGAAAUCAAGAUAAGAAUGAAGGAGAGCAGAAAAGUGAUGAGCACCAUAGGAAUAAAGUGAGGGCACAACAAGAGGAUGAUCUGAAGAAGAAGAAGAAGAAGAACAAAUCUGACGUUUCAACAAGGAAGAAGAAGACAAACAAAGAAGUAAUGAUGAGAUCGAAGAGAAUGCCAGCAUAUGCCAAGUUCUUAAAGAAGAUAUUGUCCAACAAGCAGAAAGUAGAGGAGACAUCGGUAGUCAAGCUCACAGCGCAUUGUAGUGCUAUUCUGCAAAAUAAGCUCCCUCAAAAGUGUGGAGAUCCAGAGAGUUUUACUAUACCUUGCUCUUUAGGAAGUACUAAACUUAAAAAUUCUUUGUCUGAUUCAGGUGCUACUAUUAAUCUUAUGCCUUUGUCUAUUUUCAGGAAAUUAGAGGGAGAUAUUAGAGAAAUCAGGUCGAUACUUGUGUCCUUGCAGCUGGCGGAUCAAAUCACAAUCAUACUUGAAGGAAUAGUGGAAGAUGUGCUAGUUGGGGUGGACAAAUUUGUGUUCCUUAUGGACUUCAUUGUGGUAAACAUGGAGGAGAAUAGGGAGGUUCCUCUAAUUUUAGGAAGACCCUUCUUGGCUACUGGCAGAGCAAUUCUGGACAUUCUGGAAAGGCAACUCAUGCUCAGAGUGGGGGAAGAAAAGGUGAUCUUUAAGAUGGAAGGAGCAAUGAGGGACCUAAAGGAGCAAACUGGAGAGAGUAAAACUAGUAAGGGUGUACCCAAAAAAGGACGAAAAUAA